AUGAGCGCAGCAACAGACCUGGAGCGCAAGCCGCUCCCCGCCAUCCCGGCCCCGCCGAGCAAGGUCCAGCGCACCACCGCGACGCUCACGGUCGAGGCGACCGCACAUCUGAGAAAGUUUAUCACGCACGCCCUUCGCGAGCACGACCAGGUCUUAUGGAGCGACGGCGGCGUGGGGGAGGAGGAGGAGGAGGAGGAGGAGGAGGGAGAUGCGACGAUGCUGCUCUGGGUGGACGCGCUCGAGGCCACGCUGAACGAGCUCAACGCGCGCAUCGUGUCCGGUGGCUGGCUAGCCGGCGUGCGGCGCGCGCGGAAUCUGCGCAAGGAGCGGCUGAGAAGGGAGAGGGACGAGUUCGUGCAGGUCGAGAAGGAGGACGGGGAGGGAGUCUCGGGGGCGGCGGACGAGAAGAGGGUCGCUGCCGGAGACGGCGCGCUGGACGAACGGGACGCCAAGCUGUCGGAGUCGCAGGCGGAGGAGGACCGGACGAGGCUGGCGCUCGAGCAGCUCGACGAACUGGUCUCGAGGCCGGUCGUGCCGACACCGACACCGACGCCGAAACAUUUGCUGCUCACCGUGGCGCCGUACGCAGGCCAGAGCGUCGCGAUACGCGGCGAGGACGACGAUUUCCAGUUCAUAUCCUCCACCGUCGCUUGCAAGUUCACAUCGGGCGCCUUCUCCCUACCGGUCUCGUUCGACAGGUCCAUUGACGCCACCACGGGCGGAGCGGUGCUAUACGGCUUGCGCGAAUGGGACGUCGAGAUGCCGCUCGAUUCCGACUCCUGUCCGCGCAUCGUCGGCGGCACCUUCACCUUCAAAGGCGCCAAGUCGCGCGCGCAACACGACGCCCUCCUCUCCGUCCUCCACCUCGCCACCUACACCCGCCUCGCCCUCCUCCUCGAACAGCACUUCCUCCGCGACUCGCACGUUCCCCUCCGCUUCCCGCCCAAAGCGCCCUCGCCUCCUCCUCCCCUCCCUCCUCCCCGCCCCCUCACCCCGGCCGUCGGCGCCUCCCAGAUCUCGCGCUCGUCCAGCGACAGCAAACGCGGCGCCAAACCGGGGGGUUCCUCCCGAAACCCGGGCGGGCUCUGGGGCUUCCUGAACAACAUCAACAGGAAGACGGAGGACCUCCGCCUGCGCGCCGUGCCCAUGCUCAAGCGCAGCUCGGGUUCCUUGGACCUCCCGCGGGCGGGUACCUCGCCGGACAUCGCGCUACCCCCUGCCUCCCCCGCCUCUCCCUCUUCCCCGCUCUCACCGACGCACCAACAACACCUCUCCUCCGCCCCUCCCCGCACGCGCACCUUUUCCUUUCUCGACGCCGCCCGCGCGCCCUUCGUCAGCGGCCCUCUCAAGCCCAAACCUCCCACUCCCAGCCCCGACAACACCACCAAUCCCUCCUCCUCCUCCUCCUCCUCCUCCUCCUCAGACGACCGCCCGUUCUCCACCGCGCUCCGCGCCGUCCUCGCCACCUCCGACCUCCUCUCCACCUCCCCGGGCGUCCGCUUCCCCCCGCCGCUCCCCCUCGUCUCCCUCGCCGCCAAAGAGGAGGCGGCGGCGGAGAAGGACGCCACCAUCUCCUCGGGCACGAAGCGGCUGCGCGGCGACGAGAAGGUCGCGCUCCACUCGCUGCUCGGCUGGCGGCGCGAGGACCGGGGGAAGGGCAUGGCCGGCACGCAGGGGUUCGUCAGGCACCAGGCGUUCUGCGCGCUCUAUUCGGCGCACGUACCCGGCGCGGCCGCGGCGAAGCCGUCCGCGAGCGGCUCGGAGCUGUCGAACGCGACGACCUCGUCCUCUUCUUCGUCGUCGUCCUCUGCGUUACCGGUUCCGUCGUCCGCGGUGGGAUCGUCGUCGAAUCUGUCGGCGUCGACGAUAUCGACGGGAUCGGGCAAGUCGGCGAAUAGGGACGAGGCGGCGGCGGCGGCGGCGGCGUGGGCGCAGUGCAGCGAGCGCCGGACGUGGGUGUCGUAUUAUUACUACGAUAGACGCGCCGCCGCCGCGGAGGGAGGGGAGAAGGAGAAGGAGAAAGGGAUGGGGAUGGGGAUGGGGAUGGGGACGAUGUCGCUCGGGGAGGCGAUCGGCGAGUGGUGCGCGAGGGCGGAGGAGCGGUGCGAGCGGCCCGAGUGCGAGGUGCCGAAGGGCGGGCACGAGAUGAGGUGGAUACACGCCGGGGUGCGCAUACACGCGCAGAUCGAGAAGGACGACGAGGAGGCGGACAGGGACGGGGACGGGGAGAAGGACAAGGACAAGGACAGGGACAAGGACGAGGAGGCCGUGUGGAUGUACGAGGCGUGUAAGGUGUGCGGGAAGAGGACGGAGCGGACGAGGAUGAGCGACGGGACGCAUCUGAUGGCGUUCGGAAAGUUCCUCGAGCUGCUGGUCUAUUCGCCGGCGAUAUGCGCGCUCCACCCGCCUUUGUGCGAGCAUACGACGCCGGCGUCCACCGCGACUUCACCUUCGGCUUCGGCUUCGACUUCGACUUUGGCCAACGCCGAAAACGUGGACCUGCCCCCGUCUCGACUCGACAUCAUCCGCCAUUUCGCCUGUAAGGGCCGCACGGUGACUUUUUCGCUGUCGACGAUCGACGACGUGUUCGAGAUACGCGUGCCGCGGCUGCAGAUCGUGCGCGGCGCGGGAGAGAAGCCUGAAGCGGACGGGAGGGCCGCGGAGGAGAGGGAGCGGGAACGGGACAAGGUCGGCGACGAGGCGAGGGGCGUGUUAAGGCAGGAAAUCGGAGCCUGGUGGAAGGGGAUGGCGGAGCAGAUGGAUAUACUGGAGGAUCAGAUCAAUACGGACAAGGCUGCGAUGAUGAAGACGCUGCCGCGCCUGCCUUCGGCUGCCGCCGUCGACGACACGGAGACAGAGACGGACGACACGCCGACCCCAAAACCGUCCACCAUCCGCCUCCCCGACUCUCCACCCCCGAGCGCGCCCUCCCCGCUUGCCUCAGAACGAUCCAGAUCCAGAUCCGCCAGCCCGUCGAAACCCCCGCCGCCCAACCCGAACAAACCGUUACCGAGCAUCUCGCUAGCCAUGCUCGGCAACCUCCGUCGCACCUUCCAGCGGACCGAGCAGGAGCUGUAUCGGCAGCUCGCGGAGACGCCGAACGGGGCGCUGAACGAUGUCCGGCGCGCGUUCGAAGCGGCGGCGCGCGGGGCUGCGAAACGGCUUGCGGUGUGGAAGGGCAAGCAUAUCCAGGGCCAGGGCGCGUCCACACCGCCGCCGAUCUUGGAAGAACCUGCGUGGUGGGGCAAGUCGUAUCACGCGGUUCCCGGCGGGAGCGUCAUAGUCCGAGAAGACGAUUGGGGCAGCAUCAUCGCGUUCACCCUCAGUUCUCAGGAUUACCUCCGCGAACUCGCCAAUUUUUCCAUCACCCGGAACAGCGUCGGAGCGUCGUCAGUACCAGCGACUCCCGCGACCCCGACCGUCACCCGCCGGUCGUACUUCCCUACCGCGGGCCCGCUCAAGUUCCUUAGACCGUCCGAGCCGCAGCCUGACCCGGACGAGGACGGCGUGAUCUGGCACGAGUCCGAGGCAUGCUCGGCCGUCAUCAGCCGCAAGCAGCACCCGCGCGACCCGUCCUCGCUCCUGACGCUACAGCUGCGCAAGAAGACGUCGGAGAGCCAGAUGGGCUCGGCCCUCCAUAACCUCAGCGUCCUCCGGUCUCGCGUGGCCAGUGCCGGCGCGCAUACCCCGCCGCCGUCGGCGUACGCGAAGCCGGCGGUGGAGGUCAGCUUCCAGGCGGCAGAUGGGAGGGUGGUGCGAAGUGCGGAGCGCGAUGAACCGGGGGAGACGGCGGGGAAGCUGCUGCACGAGCUCGAGGCGCUGCCUGAUGGCACCGCGAAGAGCACCAGCUUGUUCUCUACGGGCGUGCCGAGCACCUCUGGGUUCUUCUCGACGAACAUACGCCGCCACGGUUCGCCGUCUGUUCUGGCGUCUUCGACCACCCACUCGCGGUCGUCGACGGACGACGAGCGCGACAGCCAAGCGACUGUUGGCCCUCCGCCGCUGCCGCCCAAAGAUGACGAUCCGCGUCAGCCCAAGCCCGACGAGACCGCCGCUACGACGACGCCCUCGUACGCGGCGACGAUCACGAACGGCAUCGCGCAAGCCAUGAAGCUCGUCGCGAGCGCGCGGGACGCGCUCCGUCCCGAGGCCCCGCCGCCGCGUAACCACCACGGCCUGCUCUCCGCCGACUUUGCGUUCCAGGCGAUCGACGACCGGCCGCACAUCAAGUACGACUGGACGAUCGGCAAGCGGCUCAAGUUCAGCUGCACGGUGUACUACGCCAAGCAGUUCGACGCGCUCAGACGCCGAUGUGGGGUCGAGGACGUGUUCUUGAAGAGUAUGGAGCGCAGCGCGAACUGGUCGGCUGAGGGCGGCAAGUCGAAGAGCAAUUUUUGGAAGACGGCGGACGACCGGUUCAUCAUCAAGACGCUCGUCAACGCGUGGAACGUGGCCGACUUGCAAGUGCUGAUAGACCUAGGGCCCUCUUACUUCCGCUACAUGGAGAAGACGGCGAGCAAGGCCACCGUGCUCGCCAAGUUGCUGGGCUUUUACACUGUCGAGAUCCGCAACCUGGAGACAGGGGCUACGCAAGCGAAGGCUGACCUGCUAGUGAUGGAGAACCUAUUCUACGACCAGAAGAUUGUCAAGACCUUUGAUCUGAAGGGCAUGCAGGGGCGCAGAGUGAAAGCUCGGAGCGAAGGCAACAAGACGCUCUUCGAUGGCGAGUGGAUUGAAGGCCAGCAACGGGCUCUGACAUUAGUUCACCCUCAUUGCAAAGUCAUCCUUCGCGAGGCGAUCAAGAGUGACUGCGCGUUCCUCGCAGAGAGCAAUAUCAUGGACUACUCUCUCCUGCUAGGUAUCGAUGCGGAGAGGAAGCAGAUCGCUUGCGGGCUCGUCGAUACGAUCGGCAGCUACACCUUCGCAAAGACGCUGGAAUACAAGGCCAAGCACGGUCUCGCUGUCGGGGCUGGACUGGCGACGGGCGGAGGCAAGGAGAAGGACAAGGAGAAAGAAGUGACUGUCAUACCCCCGCAGGAGUAUCAGGAUCGAUUCGUCAACGCUAUGGAUGCGUAUUUCCUGGCAUGCCCGAAUAAAUGGGCCAGGCCGCUGGACGGGACCAAGGAGCUCACCGAUCCAUGGAUGCUACCCAGCGUCAUCUGA